AUGCGCAGUUACUGCGGCUGUGCGUGCAACGCUAGUAACUGCCUGUGCAAAUACCUGCAUGCGUUGAUGAGUCUGAGCGACUCGUCUCAGCGUCACUUGGAGAAGCUGUACAGCGACGCUACAAACGGCCUCGUGCGGUUCUCGGCCAGGAACCAAUUGUUUGGGAUCCUGGACCUGGACACCAUGGAGAUGGGCUAUUCGGACGUGAUUAUCGGAGUGAGGCGGCUGGCCAGCACCUCGGACUGGAAGCAGAAUCCUCGCUUCCACACCAGGUGGCAGGUGUACUGGAAGCACAGAGACACGUGGCAGCGUUACCAGGAGGUGAAGGGGGGAGGGGGGAUCCCAAAGGGGGGCGAGGGGGAGCUCUCCAAAGGGCAGUUCCAUGGCUGGAGGGAUCCGAGCUACGUUCUGACUGGCCAGCAUCUCCCAUCUCCUUAUCUCCUUAGGACAGUCCCUAGGGACUCUUGGGGACUCUUCCAUCCUUCCACAUCCAUCAUCCCUGGGGAGAGACCCACAGACGGGUACUGUGGCCCAUACCCAGCCGCCUGGGUUCCCCAGCCGCCCUGUGGCCAGGCCUUCCUUCAUGCAGAGGUGGCCUCGUCGGAAGCGGUGUACCGCAAGAUCUGUGAGCUCUUCCACGCGUCUGUCCCAGAGGACAUGGUGCUGGUGCUGAAGAUUUACAGGAUCCGGAACGAUGCACUCUGGAAAAAAUACAGCAGCCAGAAGGAGCAAAUGUCCCGAGGACUCUUGGCCCAGGAGAAGCGGCUCCUGGAGAGGCACCUCUUCCACGGGACCUCAGCCGACAACGUGGUGCCCAUCUGCCAGGCGAACUUUAACCCCCGUCUCUCCGGAAAGCAUGGCGCCCAGUACGGCCAUGGCAGCUACUUCUCCUGCUACGCCAGCCGUGCCCACAUCUUCGCUCUGGCCAACCGCGCCGACCGCCGCCACAUGUUCCUGGCCAAGGUCCUGGUGGGCAAGUGGGUGUUAGGGAGACCCGGGUACACCGAGCCGCCGGUGAGGGAACCCUGCAAGUGUCGCUACGACUCCUGCAGCGACAACGCCCACAAGCCCGGCGUCUACGUGAUCUUCGACAACUCCCAGUGCUACCCCUACUUUGUGAUCUGCUACAAACUGCUCGGCGACCCUGUGACACUGGAGGGUGUCUGA